GUUUUAGCUGAAAAAAGAAGUAAUUUAGUACAACAUGAGUUAACUUCAAUGCAUCAAGCAAAUUCUGUAAAUGAAGGUUCUCAAAAGCUAACUUUAUUUGCACAGUUCAUGCCUGCCAAAAUAAAAUCCCAGUUCUAUUUUGAUAUUCGCUGCAGCCAACAUUCCUUAGAAUGUAGUUGA